AUGGAUGAUACAAAACAAGAAGUGGCAAACACCAACGUCACCAAGUUCUCAGAGGAUUUGAUAACAGAGAUACUACUAAGAAUGCCUGUGAGAAUCCUCUUGAGAUUCAGGUGCGUUUGCAAAGCUUGGUUUCGCUUAAUUUCGCAUGAAGACUUUGCCAACCUUCACCUUAGAAGAUCUCCCCCUGGAAUCUUGAACAAACUCUCGCCCGAAGGAGGUAAACUCCAUUUAUUCCAGAUGGGGGAAACUGGUAAAGCUUCCAAGGUUGAGGAAAUGAAGUUUGUUCCUGAAACCAACUUACCAGCCACUUUAGAUAUUGAGUUAAUGAAUUCUUGUAAUGGACUGCUUUGCUUAUCCGAAGGUGAAUUCCGCAAUGUUAUUCAUGUUUGCAAUCCUGUUUUACGUGAGCACAUCACAAUCCAGGUGGAUGAUCAUAAAGCAAGUGGGAGAUUGCCAGCACCUCCUAAUUGUGAUGGAAAUCUUGAUGGAUUCGUAAGGUUGGGGGUUUUCAACGAUUGUCUAUCUGUGACUGUAUGCAAGUGGGAUGCUCCUUAUGAAAUUCACAUAUGGGCUAUGAAGGAGUAUGGUGUCCAAGAGUCUUGGUUCAAACAUAUUCUGAUUAAAUCUCAGUACCGCCAUUUUACUUUUUAUGAACCAUUAAUUCUCUUGCGAAGAGGGCAAAUCUUAAUUUUACUCGAAGAAAAAUUAUUGGUCUGUUGUUACAACAUAGAAGAAGAUCGGUUCCGAGGGAAUAUUAUCCAAUGUUACAAUGUGGAAGAUAUGCCUGCGAUUGCAUAUAAACCAAGUUUUGUUUCACUCCACCAUAUUGUUACAAGACAUGAACAAGUGCUGAGUAUAGAUUGUGUGUCCAAUAUUUCCUUGCUCAAAGUUUUACUUCGUGACUUUUCACAGAAGGUUCUGUAG